AUGGGUUUACAUACAAAUAUUGAGUCUGGUGUUGUAUCAAAAGAUAAUUUUCCUAGUUUGGUUCAAACAAUAAGGCGGCAAGUUUUAAAACGUGGAAGAGAGGAAGAAAUUGUUAGUAAGACUGAUGAGGAGAUGGCAGAUAUUGAUGGAAUAAAUGAGGAUUCUCUUUUAACUAUUAAAGAUUUGUUAAUAGAAAGAGAUAGUAGUGAAUCUGGUAGUGAUCAUUCAUUUUUUAAAGAAAACAACAGUGAUAAAUCAGAUUUUGUAUUUUGUCCAAUUACCAACAAUUUAUCCAUUAAUAGGGGAAAUUCAGAUAAAUUAAAAAAUGCAAUUGGAAAGUCACUUGACUGUACUUUAAAUUCUCCAAUAAAAUUAGAGGUUAACUCAUCCAUUUAUCAACCAUUACCUUCCACAAAUAAUGGUUCUAAGGAAAAACGACAAAAAAAUGAUAUCAUUACCAAUAGAAAUGAAUGUUAUGUAGAUGGUUCUAGAAAAAAAUAUCUUGUUCACAAUAGUCAUUUUGUCCCAAUGCAAUUAGUAGAUAAUGUUUUUUACAAAAAUAAUUCUGAUAUUGGUCUCGGUGUUAAGUAUCAUGCGUUAAAAGAAAUGGAAACAAAUGAAUAUGAUAAGGUUCCUAAAAUAGAAGAAGCAAUCUAUGGAUCUCGACCAAAUGUGUAUACUAAAUUUAUCGAAGAAAACAGAGAUAUGUUUAUGAAUGAUUGCAGCCUCAGAUGUGUUUUUGAUGAGGUGGGACAAAUUAGAAAAUUUCCCCUGCAAGGUGAAUAUAAUAAUAAUUUAAAAUAG